CUUCUUUUCCGUUCCGAAGUAUAAUUUUAUUUCUGCUCCACUUCCUUUCUGAAUACCCAGAUAUAUUUUUAUUCAAAUAUAAAUAUAAUAAUGCAAGAAUCAAGAAACCAAGUCUUUAGUGAUCACACUUUGAGUUUGAGAUUUUAGAAAGGGAGGCAAUCUUUGGUUCUGAAGGAAAAGAAAGAAGAUAAAGAGAGGAAAGCUUUCUUACAGUUGACAACAGUAUUAGGUAGUGACUUCCUUUGUUUUCUUUGUAGAUUCAUUGUGAUAAUUAUUAGAAAGAGACACAGAAGGAAAGAUUGAGAGGGAGAGUGAAUUUACAAGAGGCUGAGAUGAUUUGCCUCAGAUCCAGUUGAUGGAAGUAGAUGGAGAAGAGUCUGGAGAAGAAGGAGCUGAUAAAGCCUAAGGAAUGGAAAAUCGUCAUCUAAAUCUCGCUGUUCACAUUCCAAAAUCAUUCUUGAUGAGAGGAGUUGAUCAUUUAGUUGAACAAUGACAGGCUGUUUGAUUUUAGACAGUUCAGAGGGUAUCUUUUUGUACUGCUCAAAUAAGGAUUUUGAUGGAGGAUAUGUCUCCAACAGUUGCAGUGCCAUUUAGAUUAGGCAAUUCAGUCUGUGAAAACUCAACCAUAGAUACCCAUUUGGAUAUCACAAGACUUAAGUUGAUGGCAGAUGCUGCUGGGUUGUUAUCUGAUUCUGUAAUGGAGGUUUCUACGGUUGGGGAUAAGGGUUGUCAUUAUGGUGAGUUAGAUAAUGAAGUUAGUGAUACAGCAGUUGCAGUUGUGGAAGAGGACAAGAGGGGAGGAGUCCCUUUGUUGGAUAUGAUCUCGCAUAAUAAAAGCAACUGGUUGGUUAGUAAUGAUGUAAUAAACCGAGAAAGUGAAGAUGAUGGUACAUUUUCCUUGGAGGGUGAUCAUAUUUUUGAUAGCUCAUGUUCUCUUUCAGUGGCUAGUGAAACUAGCAGUUUGUGCGGAGAGGAUUUCAUUGGUUUUGAUGCCAUAUCUGAGAUAGGAACACUGAGUUCUGUGGAUAUUGGGAAGAGCAUUUGCAAUGUUGACAUUAUUGCUAAUGCUGCCAAUUUGGAGUCAAAUGUUGAGUCGGAGGUUGUGAGAGAUUCGGUUUCAGUUGCAAUGAGCCUUGAGGAAGAGAUUCGGGAUGCAUCUGACCCAAAUCCAUCUGCAGUUGUACUUCAGUUGGCUCUGGGAAAAGGAGCGAGCAGAACAGUCUCACGUAGUGUUUUUGAGGUGGAUUGCGUGCCCCUUUGGGGAGUUACAUCUAUAUGUGGAAGGAGACCUGAGAUGGAAGAUGCAGUUGCAAUUAGGCCACAUUUUCUGAAAAUUCCUAUUCAAAUGCUAAUUGGUGACCAGGUGAUUGAUGGUAUGAGCAAGUAUAUAACUCACCAGACUGCUCAUUUCUUUGGGGUCUAUGAUGGUCAUGGAGGUUCACAGGUUGCAAAUUAUUGUCGUGAUCGUAUCCAUUCCUCAUUGGCUGAAGAGAGAGAAUUCAUUAAGAACGACUUGAGUGAUGGAAGUAUAAAACAUAGUUGCCAAGAGCAGUGGAAGAAAAUAUUCACCAAUUGUUUUGUUAAGGUAGAUGCUGAAGUUGGAGGAAAAGGAAGUGCCAAACCAGUUGCCCCCGAAACUGUUGGUUCAACUGCUGUUGUUGCCAUUAUUUGUUCAUCCCACAUUAUAGUAGCAAACUGUGGAGACUCACGAGCAGUUUUAUGUCGUGGGAAAGAACCUAUGGCUUUAUCAGUGGACCAUAAACCAAAUCGAGAAGAUGAAUAUGCAAGAAUAGAAGCAGCUGGCGGCAAGGUUAUACAAUGGAAUGGGCAUCGUGUCUUUGGUGUUCUUGCAAUGUCAAGGUCAAUUGGGGAUAGAUACUUGAAACCAUGGAUUAUUCCAGAACCAGAAGUUAUGUUUAUUCCUCGGGCAAAAGAAGAUGAAUGUCUGAUUCUGGCUAGUGAUGGUCUGUGGGACGUCAUGUCAAAUGAAGAGGCAUGUGAUCUGGCUCGGAGACGAAUUCUCGUCUGGUAUAAAAAGAAUGGUACUGCACCUACCUCCUCAAGGGGUGAGGGAGUUGAUCCUGCAGCUCAGGCAGCAGCUGAGUACCUCGCAAACCGAGCUGUUCAAAAAGGAAGCAAAGACAACAUCACCGUAAUCGUUGUGGAUCUGAAAGCUCAAAGGAAGCUCAAAAGCAAAACAUGACAGUUUCUUUACAUUUUCUUUGUUGCAGCUCUUCAAUUAGUUAAAUUCCACGCGGCGCGAUAGAAUUCUGCCCGUCUGUUUUUCAUAUGGGCGUUACGACUACUCGUACGUACUAUAUAACGUGCGCCACCCUAGAACUCAUUCAUUGAUUUGAAGGGUUCAGACCAUCCCUAUGUAAAUGUUUUAGCUAUUUGUUUUAGGGAUUAGGAGAUGACAUGAUUCACAUUAUGAGUAGAUGUAUUCAUUGUGCCUCCGAGUUUAAAAAGGGGCUCUGUGAGGUAAUGACUUCAUAUUAUUUUAAUUGCAUGGUUCUUGUAAAGGAAAUAUCACAUCAGUUCCUUUUAA